GAUGACUGGCCAAUGGAUUUUCAAUCAGCCCCGCGAGUUUGAUCAUCCAUACGAGAAGCGCACCUGGAUGACGAACUCCACCACCUUGGGCAAAGAUGGCUGGGUCGAUGUGGUCUCGGCCCAAAUCCACAAAGUCCUGCAUACAGAUCUUACUUCCGAUUUGUGGCAGAAUUGUUGGCUCGCCGUUCAAAUCCAGUGUUUUGGUGGAAACAAGUCAAUGUUCCGCACCAACGCCUCUAACGGAACAUCGUACAGCUGGCGCGACUCAACGGUCUGUCAAGUGCUGGACUGUUUCCACGAGACGAAACACAAGGGUACGGCUGAUGCUUGGCAGGCUGAAAACGAUAAACUGUUUGUUGGGCCCAAUAGUUGCUAUAGCAAGCAAGAUAAGCGCGUGUUAUGGGGGUCUUAUGGCGACUGGAAUUUGCACAAGGUGAGAAGUACGUACUAUGAGAAUGAGGAGAAGUAUCAGCAGUUGCAAAAGGUAAGAGCCCGGGCUGAUCCAGAUGGUUUGUUUACACCGAAUCCCUUUUGUGUGAAGCGAGCAGCGUAGAAAGUGGCUACAUGAAAUGGCGCAAAGACAAUGUAAGCUUACUGUCAAUGCAAUAACCGAGCAAUCGGUGUCUCCCACGUAUGACUAAAUGUAUCCAACGGCUUCAUUGCCGUCCAAUGAGACGCGUGAAGCCUCGCUAUUGGCUAUUCAACUGGUUCCGGUUGGUUGUUUCACAUCUUUCGCCCACAAGUGUACAAUCUUUGCAUCUCAUUCAGUCUUUGCCGGUGUGGCUGAGUUAUCAGAUGUCAUCAUACCAAGCUGGUUCUCAAGUUGCGCAAGCCCAUCGUGUCAUCAAACGCUCUUCUAGCCAC